GCGUUAUUUCCGCGGGAUUUCUGAGUGGAUUACGAAAGGGAUGAUUGAUGCAUUUUUCGACGAUUCCUCAGCAAAAAUGAACUGAACAGCGACUUUUCAACACACUGCUAUUCUUCUGUUGAUAUUCAUUCAGAUUUUUCAUUGGACAAUGUGGAAAUAUAUCCAGAAAUAUCGAAUAAUGACUCAUAUGGUGCACUAUUUUUGAUGGAUUCCGCGGAUCUUCUUGAUGUACGGGAAGAGGUUGUUGGUGAAGAGAAUUUCACAUCCAAGCCUGAUCCACCUAUAGCGCUGGAUGGCGCGUUGAAACGUUCUGGAAGUACUCCUAGAAGAAAUCUCCGAACUGGUGUUGCACAUAAAGAUAAAGGUAAUAAAGAACAUGAAAACUUUCAUGAUAAAGGCAAACAGAAUAAAUGUGCAUGGAACAAUGAUGAUUCAUUUGAGGAAAUAACAGAUAAAGCCUAUUUAUGUGAUCCAAUGUCUAAUGAUAUUAGAGCAGCUUCAACAUCUAGUUUGGAUGAAGUAUUUGAUAAAGAUAAUAUGAACAGUCCUGAUUUUAUUGAUGGUGAUGAUGUUAGCCUUGAAAGACUUUCCGAUCUUCAUAUUCCUUUACCACUAUUUCAUACAGAGUCUAAUUACUCCGAUUCAUCACAGAUAGAUGCUCCAGAUCCUGAAGUUGAUGUAUGUAGUCUAUUUUCAUCGAAUAACUGUGUUACAAGUCAUUCGGAAGAUUAUAUCGAGACCAAACAUUCUUUUACAUCCACCAAUUCAUCUCAUUCACAUCUUGGUGCUAAUUCCACAUUGAAAAUUACACCAACUCCACCUGUAUCCUCACGAUCCUCAGCAAAACAAACUGAAUUUAUCCAGUUACCGUCUAACGUCAAUCAACUUUUGACCAAUACAGUUCACUCCACGCAUCCAUCUAAACCGAUGUCUACUUGUCUUUCGUUAAAGUCAAGAUAUCGUCGUAACGGUCAGAUAACAUUGAAGUCAGGCGCAUCUAUCCUUCGAACAAAAAAUUCGUUCAAUGAUUUAAGACAAACAUGCUAUAGACCAACUUUUACUUCUGCACGGUUUGCUCAUUGUCGAUUUUUAACUGCAUCUCAGUUGGCUGGAUCAACAGGUGAAUCGACAGGUACUCUAACUUGGUUUCCAAAAGUGGCAUUUGUUAAUUCUAAAACUGCAUUUAGUCUUAAAAAACCAGCAAUUGUGAUCACUUCAGCAUAUCCUGGCUCAAAAUCAGGUGGCACAUAUCUAAAAAGUGAAGGGAUCAAUUUUGUGGCUCAGUCUUCUCCUGGUGUACGAUCACCAACAGAUUUACAGUCUAUUACAUAUAAUCAGAAUGGUUUCUAUGUUUCCUCAAUGCAUCAUAAUUCAUUGAGUUCUGUUGGUGGUGGUGGUGGUGGUGGUUCAUUAAACACUGUCACUGAUAUGGCAUCAGUUGUAGCCGCUUCAAUGUCUACAGAUUUUGGAUCAACUCGUACUGUAUUCUGUCCUCAUCUUGGUUGUGGGAAAACAUUUCGUGAUACAGCUGCUAUGCGUAAACAUUUGCAUACACACGGUCCACGUGUUCAUAUCUGUGCUGAAUGCGGUAAAGCUUUUGUAGAGUCUAGCAAGUUGAAACGUCAUCAACUUGUACAUACUGGUGAGAAACCUUAUCAAUGUGCGUUUGAUGGUUGUGGUAAACGCUUUUCCUUGGAUUUCAAUCUACGUACUCAUCUACGUAUACAUACUGGAGAUCGACCAUAUCCAUGUCCACAACCUGGUUGUAGCAAACGUUUUGCUCAAUCCACAAAUUUAAAAUCACAUUUAGCUACACAUAGUAAAAUUCGAAGUAAUCAAUCUAGUUUCAUCAAUCGGCAUCAUUUAAAUUCCAGUAUCAACCGUUCCGUUCUUCUACGUGCCCAUACACAACCUAUUCCAAUUUCAAUUAACAGUUCCAUUCUACACCCUCAAAUGAAUUUCUCUACUUUAAUUCCUAUGGGAACGAGAAGAAUUGGUGUUAAUAACCAAUGUGAUAACAAUAAAUUCAAGUCAAGUUUAACUUCGUUAUUUCAAGAAGUUCGUUUCGAUGGUUUUCGAUUACAUACUCCAUCCCCGUUAACUACAAUCUCUACAUCAUUAUCAUCUUUAAAUCAAUAUGAACAGACAAAUAUCAAUGUUAUAUCACCAUUAGAUUUAACAUCAUCUUCAAUAGAAUCAAGCAGAUCCUUAUUAUCAACAGAAAAUUCUACGCUUAUGAAUAAUAUAUCAUCACCUAUAUCAGUUAUAUCAACAUCACAAAUGUUGACUACACUAGAUAAUGGCCUAGAUGAAUUUGAUCAUUCUAUUCAUAGCAACAAUAAUAUAUCAAUAUUUGAUAAUUGUUCUACAAUCGAGAGAUUAUCAACUAAUUUAGAUCAUAAAAUUGAUUUUAAUGUUGAUCAGAGUAUAAAGUGUACUGAAGAUUUCACAAACAAUAUACAUACAAAUAGUACUGGAGAUGUGUUUGGAACACAUGUUGUUAUCAAGACAGAAUUAGAUGUUAAUCAUCCAUCUUCAAGUAUUCAAAAUUCUAUAACAACAAGACGAGCAAGAAAAUCUUUAAGUUUACCUAAGCGAUCAGAAUCACCGAAUUCAGAGGAGUUUUUAAAGACACAAGAAGAUGAUUUAGUCUAUAUGGAUGAUGUUGAUCAUAUCCCAAUGAUGAAUCAUUUUUCCAAUAAUGAUGGUAGUGUUGGUGGUAGUAAUCACUCGUCUUCUAACAAUAAACCUCAUCAUCAUCAUCAUCGUAAAUCGAAGUCUGUCAAUGAUAAAUAUAAUCGUAAGACAACAGGUUUACAACAUUCAUCAACAUUAUCUAAUAGUGUAUCUACUAUACAGUAUAGUACUCGUUCAAAAUCUCGUGAAUUGUGUAAAACAACAAUCUUAUCCAAUCAUUAUUGUGGUGGUGGUGGUGGUGGUCAUCGACAGGGGAGCAAUUUAAAAACGCAUAAAGUUAAACGUCGGGUUCAUCGAUAAGUAUGAAAUUUCUCUCUCUCCUUGUGUAUGUAUAUAUGGUACUGAUGGAUUCUACCUCUCUGACUAUCCCUAUCUCAUUCAUACACAUACAUCUCAUGAAGUCUACUUAUCCUUGUGAAUACACAUAAUAUACACACAUCUAUAUUCAAUUCAUAUCCUCUAGUCAAUAUUUACUGGAAAUUAUUGCCAAUUUGACAAUAAUCAGAAAAAACUUUUUCCAUUUCCUUUAUGGUGUAUGUCUGUUUAUCUUUAAUCAAUUUGCAUAAUGGAUAGUUUAUUCGAUAAAUGGAAGCAUUUCUCUGCUGUACUCUUUGUCUAUCAUUCCUAGUUAGUUGAUUUUAUGCUCAACAUCAUUCUUCAUCCCUAUGUAACAACAACCAUUAGUGUCGGUAUACAUGUCGUUCCUUCCUUUCAAGAGUAGCUAGUCUUAUUUCUCCGAUGAUUAUCUCAUUUUUUUUCCUUCCAUCUAUCAUCUUACUAUUACUGGGCUAGAGAAUAGUGUAUUGUUCCAUCGUUAUAUAUAUACCUUCGAGGUGGAAACAGUCGUACACUAUGUAACUUGUAUUCAUUGUGAAUAACAAAUCAUUGCAUUUAUCUGUGGUGCAAUACACUUAUUACCCCUCUCCUUCCUCUUGUGUACGCAAGUAUGUGUGCAUUUCUGCCCCGCGCUCAUUGUCCUGUUACCCACUCUAUCGUUGUCUCCCGUGAUUAUGUAAUCGAACCAUGACAAACAAUUGUAUAUUUGUUAGCGUUGAAUCUUCUCUCUCUCUUUCUCUGUUUGUGUGUAUGUAUGUAUGUAUGGGAACUCAUGUGCAAUAAGAUCUGGUGAUAAUUUUUGUGUUAUUCUUUUCUGUUUAUUUUCAUUGUUUUUGAUUGGUUACAGUUUAUUUUAUUAUUUUGUAUUUGUUUACUCGAUGAUACACGUCGUCUUCGAACUAGUCAUACCGUGCUCGUCCGCGCGAGCGCGCACACACAUAAUCGAGCCCGUUAGCUUAUGUUUAUUCUAGUCUACGGAUGUGGAAAGAAACAGUUGACAGAAAGACACGCUACCACUGAAGUUAUUAGUUAUGUAGUACAGUAUGUGAAUAGAAGCAGAAUAGCAUAAAGGCAGCAGUAUCGGCGGUUUCUUCUCCACAGCAGUGAUCAGUAGUGUCGAAAUGCGCAUAUAUAUAUACUGUUACUUGUUAUACCUCAAAUACUGUGAAUGCUUACUGAUCUCUCUAUCUCUGCUCACAUGUGUGUAUUAAUCACUUCGAUCAUGUUCCUCCUCUACUCAUCUAUCAUAAUAUCACUGGAAUUUUUGAUUCACACUCUAACAGUGUGCGUAUUUUGUCCAGUAUGCAUUUAACCUUUUUCUCUCUCCCUCUCUCUCUCUGUUAGAUGAUUCUUUCACUCUUUCUUUCUUGUAAUCUUGCCUCUCAAAGAAGAUCACUUUCACACAAAUCAUCAUAAUAUGCCAAUGAUGUAGGCAAAUAACAAAACAUACACACGUGUGUGUGUGUGUGUGAUUUCCUUUUCCCUCUCUUCUUUAUCCAUUGUGUUUACUGAUGUAUUUUGGGUGAAUGAUGUAGGUGGUACCAAAAACAAAUUAUGUGAUUUCCCUUCCUGCCUCACGGCGACCACGUGAUUCUAAUAUGUAUGUUGUCUUUCCUUUUCUGUGUGUCUGCGUAUUCGUGAGUCAGCUGACACUGUACGAAGUUGUUGUGCCGUUUUCUUCUGCGUCUGUUUCUCUCUGUUAUGUUCUACAUAAUGUGAAUUUGUUUCUACGUUUUCUUUAUAUGCUUACUAAUAUACCUAUCAACUUAUUCAUUAUGUCGUUAUCAUUACUGUUAAUAAUAAUAAUAUUAUUAUAUGUUUACUUACCUAUCAAUCAAUUGGUAUUAGCUGACGUUUGUUUGAAUUAUGUAACUAACACCAUGACGCAGGGAGAUUGACCCCUUUUUUCAGAAAUAAAACGGUUAUAUACACUU